CUUUACCAACUGGUUACAAGCGAUUAGAACUAGAAAUAUGGGUGUUGAAAAGCAAGUUAUUUUACCUGGUGAUGGCCAAAACUUUCCUAAGCCUGGUGAUCGUAUCACCAUGCACUACACCGGUACUCUUGCAAACGGUAAAAAGUUUGACUCUUCCGUUGACCGUGGUACCCCUUUCACUUGCAAUAUUGGCGUUGGUCAAUUGAUCCGUGGAUGGGACGAAGGUGUUCCUCAAAUGAGUUUGGGCGAAAAAGCCAAACUCACCAUUACUCCUGACUUUGGUUAUGGCCCUCGUGGAUUCCCUGGUUUGAUUCCCGCCAAUAGCACUCUCGUCUUCGAUGUUGAGCUUUUGGCCAUCAAUAACUUGAAGGCUUGAUCAUCUAGCAAAUAGACGCUAGUAUCUAAGUUUUUUUUAUCUAUGAUGCUUUAGUAUACGAACUUCUAUUUUUAUAUAAGAUUGGUUGAAUCUUGCAUCAGAUCUUUUCCAUAUUACUACAAAGAAACAAAGGUAAUACUUUAGCUCUUGUAGCACAUUGAGAUAUGAGAAAUCAUGAUAUCGACAUUCAAAAAUUUUCUAAAUUUAUUAAAAAAGAAAGAAGAGUAUGCAUUAUUAAUGAAUCCUAAAGUCAAGAUAUCUUGGAGAGUUCUCAAAACUAUUAUGCUUCAAGACAACCAACCAUCUGAUAUACAGUCUCGUCAGUAGGCUUCAGCAAAUAUGGUGGAGCGAAUCCGGCAUUAUAUUAAGGUAUUAUUAAAUUUCAAAAACUAAAAAAUUAAUUGGUUGAACA